AUGUCAGCGUUCAACGACUAUUGCAUUAUUUGCGAGGAACUAAUACAAAGUGCGGCCUCGGGCCAGGACAAACUAUACUGCUCGGAAGCGUGCCGGAGUCGAGACGCGCGGAUCUACGUGGAAGCACAGGAGCCCAGCGGCACUGGGGCGCUGCUCCGCGCGCCCGCGCUUGGCGCAGAAGACCAGCCGCGUGCGGAGCUGGAAGAAGAUGACUGCGAUGAGGAGGACCACGAGAGCUACUUUUCAGACGUGGAGAUGGAGAGAUACACGACGAGCCUAUCGAGUCUCUCGACAGAGCACGCGGGUGCAACAAAGUCGGUUCCAUGGGAGUGGACGCCACGAACGUUUGGGCAGGACACCGCAAAGCCGGCGCGCGAUGUCCAGCUUACAGACCACACAGCGGAAGACAAUUACCAGCUCUGGCUCAGCUGCAAAAUGCGGGGAUAG